AGUUAUAAAACUAUGAAUAUUAAUAAUAAUAAUAAUGUUGUCAACGAUGAUGAUGUUGAUGUUGAUGAUGAUGAUGAUGACAAUAAGGGAGUUCCCAAAAUAGGGACAGUUAGAAAAAUUCUAGACCUAAUCUAUAGUCUGAAAAUCGAGCCGUUUAUGUUUUUCUAUGUACUAUCAAUGAUGCUAUCGGAYAUAACMUUCAAUCAACUGGUCCAGGACAAAUUGUGUCUGAAUAGUUAUAAUCAAACUGUCCAAUAYUGUGCCCAAAUAAGCAAACUAUCGACAACAGGUACUACCGGUGCCACCCAGGUAGACAUUCAAAUCAGAGAUGCCAUACUUGGUGAUCUGGCUCAGUUCAAUACCUAUAGUAUAAUAUUGGGUACAAUGCCGGCACUGGUCUAUGUCCUAUUUGUCGGCUCCUGGACGGACAGCUAUAUACAUGGCCGCAAAAUUUUACUAUUAAUAGUAUGUGUCGGCUAUAUUGGCUGCUAUCUGGGCUUACUGGUCAAUGCCAUAUAUUUUCAAUGGAAUGUUUACUAUAUCCUAUUGUGUAUAAUACCGUACGGCCUGUCGGGUGGCUGGUCGGUGGUAUGGCUGACCUGCUAUAGCUAUAUGACAAAUAACUCGCCAAAAGAGUACCGAUUCAUCAAAUUUUUGACAUUUGAAGUGACAGUUGCGGCCGCUGGUUCAUUGGGUACCUAUUUGGGCGGUUAUCUGAUUGGAAGCGGCAAUUUGCAGACAACCGACAAACAUAUACACAAUUAUAAUAGCAUUUUCAUAAUAUGUUUGUCAGCCACUGGACUGGCCUUUCUAUGGGUACUGUUGAUGAUCAACGAAUCCCGUCAYCAACGACGACSACACGACCAAACAAUACUGACGGCUCAGUUAGACAACAGUAUAGUUUGUAUUAACGAUGAAGAAAUUCAGCCAUUGAUGGCCAGCACAUCCCGGCAUCAGAGGAUGGUUAGCCAAUCAAUGAAUGAUGAAGUGAUAGUAGAGUCGGCGGAAACAAUCGGCAAAAUGGACGCAAAAUUUUCUGUACGCAAAAUGUUUAACAUCGACAACGUUAGGGAUAUGUUUAGGACGGCAUUGAAACCGCGGCCACAACGGCGCCGGAAACAGCUAUGGCUUAUGUAUCUAUCGAUGUGUAUUGUAUUGUUAGCACUGGUCAAAGAUACGCCGAUAAUCUAUCCGUAUGUGGAAAAAGUAUACGAAUGGGAUGCCCAACAGUUCAGUACUGUCCGAUCGAUAGUAUCGGCAGCGGUAAUGGUGGCCACUGCACCGUUUGGCUAUCUAUUAUCUGGUCUAUUCAAAGUAGACGACACCAAACUCGGUAUACUAGGCUAUCUGUCAUCAGUAUUGUCGCUGAUAGCCAUCGGAUCCAUACCCAGUCCAUUGGGUUUGUAUCUAAUGUAUUUGUUAGGCUGUGCGUCGGGUCUGUGCUCGAUAGCCGUCCGAUCGUUGAUAUCGAAAAUGAUUGCCACCGAAUCAGAAUCGGGUAAAGUGUUCAGCGUUUUGGCCACCUUUGAGACGGCUGUCCCAACAAUCGGUUCACUAGUUUUCAGUACAAUAUUUCGUUAUACAAUCAGUUGGUAUCCGAGUCUAGUCUAUCAUUUGGUCGGUGGGCUUAUGUUUGUACCGAUAGUCAUAUUUAUUUGGAUCGACAUUAACUACAGUCAUUUAUAUUGA